AUGAUCAAAAAUUAAUUACAAUUUAAUAAAAUAUGGUAUUAUCCUUAACAAAAAACGGAAAUGGGAAAGGUUAUGGAUGGUAAGGUUAGGUAUUGUGAAAUUUUGCAUGAAAAAAUAAAAGAUGAAGGUAUUAGAUAUUCAUUUUCUAGAAUUAUUACAAAAUGGGUCGAUUGAAUAUGUUUAUAAAGUAGCCAAAUUUUAUAUUCCAAUAAUUAUCGAUCUUUAAUUAAUAGAUGUGACAUAACCUAAAUCAUUUAACUCUAUUAUCCCUAAUUUUCACAAAAAGUAUCUAAUUACAGCGCAAAUUUUGAAAUACUAAAAUUAUAGCUAGGAAAGCAGCAUCAAAGUUUUCCUUAUUAGAAUUUAGGGAUAUCAAAUUUGGGCAAGAAAUUUCUAAAGAUCGUACAGAAGAAAUAUGAAUUUAGUAUUUUGAGGAUGUCCAGGAACAAAAAAGAAAAUGAAAGAAAAAAGUAUUGGUAGGUCUAUAUUGAUUCAGAUGAGUAGUUGGUUUAUUAAAUGGAUUAUGAAAGAGGAUUAAAAAGAAUUUUAAAAUAAGAGCAUGAAAUGACUGUCUAAGAGUUUCAAUAAAUAGCCUAGAGUAUUAUUAUUGAGUAAUCGUAAGCUUAAGCUUAAGCUGAAUACAACAAAAGAGUAUAAAAUAACUUAAGUGCCUGGUCUCAGCCAGGAAGAAUAAAUUAGAUUAAUUGA